AUGCAAAUCGACAACACAUUUUUCCAAUUUCGAAAUGUGACUUUGACAAGAUUUUCGCGAAGUUUCAAACUCAUACGUGAUAUCAUGAACGGAAAUGCUUUUAUAUCUUCUCGUUCAUUGAAUUGGGAAUGGUGGACAAGGUUAGAUAAUUUUUCCACUACAAUUCUCACUCGUCCAAUUAUAAAGAACAAAAGAUGUUCAUGUGGAACACAAAGUGAUUGUUUUGAGUCAGGAGGUGUUUAUGAUGGACAAACUGAUGAGCAAAUCUUUGCAAUUCCUGGAUGGAAUGUUGGAUGCUCAGCAGUAGAAACAUUACUUCAUUCAACACUCGAAUGCUUUUAUGAUCAAAACUGCAUUGAUUCAUUAUUAUUUCAUAUACCCAAUGAUGAUUUUCAAAGUCCUCGAGUGAAUUUUUCAGCUAUUAAUUCUUCAAGAGAAAGUCGUUUCGACAGAAAUACAUCGAUUCAAAACAUUGUAGAUCAAUUAUUCAUUGAAGAAUGGAAAUGGAAUAGUUCUUAUUUAUCAUUUUACAAUCAAUGUGCUCCAAUUUCUUGUUCUUAUCAAAUCAGAAGAAAUGAUCAUUUUAUGCACACUGUAUCACAACUUUUAGGAUUGUAUGGAGGAUUAACAACUAGUUUACGAUUUACUAUUCCACUCAUAGUUAAAACUAUAUUUAAAAUUCGAAACCGAUUUCGAAGAAAUACAGUUAUAUCAAUGGAAUAA